UUUGCUGCUACCCUCAGGUUUGGCUGAGGAAGGGUGGUACCGGGAGCUGCACCCUUCAGGCUUCCUCCCAGUGGCUGGGGGAACCCUUUCACUGUGCAGUGGGGGGCUGGAGCUGGAGGCUCCUUGGGAGAUGGCCAAGCAGAGUUGCCAGGCUGCUCAGCUCUGGGCUGUUCCCACUCUCUUUCUGCUUCCCCCUGCCCAGGCAGAUGGGAAGCCUGCCAUCACUGCCUGCACCGGCUGCUGGAGUUGGUGGCUGUGGGGGCACGGUGACAAUUACAACAGCAGAAACUGCAGGCUGGUGUAGGCGCCAAGAGGAGUCCAGUUGUAAAGGGUUCUACUAAAGUAGAACAGCAAGGAGCUGGUACAGGGCUCUGGGAAGGGUUUUCCUCUCACAUAAGGGGCACAUCUUCUCUGUGAAGUAUCCCUCCAGAAAUGACAGUGUUAACAAGUACAGUGGAAGAGACGGCUCUGUAAGCUGAGCUACAUGGUCACAUGCACGGGUUUUAUUUUUAGCAUCCCAAAACUACUUGAUGUGUCUGCCUGGGCUUGCUCCAUGUCCUCCCAUUCUCUUUCUUUGCUUGCAGUUCUCCUUUACCCACCUCACUUCAACCCAGCUGAGCACAACCAGGAGAGGAAGUCUUUGGUACAUAUACAGGGACUCUAUGAUUAAGCACCGGGCUCAGAAAGCUCGCCCUGGGCAGCACAGCCACUGUGAGAGAUGUUUCAACCGGCACUGUCAUGCACCCAUUGAGCCCUCCAUCUCCUGCAUGGUGAUCAGCUGCCGCUUUCACUGCGGGGCCACCUUCCACAUGUGCAAGGAGGAGGAGCACCAAUUGCUCUGUCCCUUAGAGCAGGUCUCCUGCCUCAACUCAGCCUAUGGCUGCCCUUUUUCCAUGGCCCGCUUUAAGCUGGCAAAGCACCUCCAGGUCUGUCCAGCCAGUGUUGUCUGCUGCUCAAUGGAGUGGAAUCGCUGGCCAAAUGUAGAUUCAGACACAACCCUCCACAAGAACAUUAUGAAGGAGACCCUGAAUGAAGAGUGUUUGGACACAGCCUUGGCACUCAGAGACCAGAAGUUACUUUUCAGGACUUUGAAAAUAGCCGACUUGUUUCCAGAGUGGAGGAAAGAGGAUGAAGUAGAAGAGUUAAUGGAUGAAGCCAUGGGUGGGGAAGAAGGGGCUGUGGGAGGAGUAGCCUGUGGUUCCCAAGAGGGCCAUGACCAGUUGCCUGAGCUCAGCCAAUGUGAGCGAGAGGAUUUGGCAAAGGACAAAGAAGGGAUGGAUCUGGGGAGUUACAAAACCUGGGAGAACAUUUUCAGCAAAGAGCUCCUGGCCUGCCAGGUAACAGGCUCAGCAGCCAGCACAGGAAAAAACAAAGAGGAGGCUUCCAAGAAAAGAGCAUCAGCCCCUCAUGCUGGUAACUCCAUGGAGAAGGCAAAGGAAGUACCUGAUGGUGCAGAGCAAGCAAAGGACCGAAAGUCUGAACGAGUAACACCAAAUACAGAAAUGACAGGACUGGCUCCCUGGCAAGAAGGAGUCCUGGAGAGGCUGAAGAAGGAAGUUGGUGUAGGUGAUUACAACAUGUAUCUGGUACAUCAUGGAGGAAUGCUAAUCCGCUUUGGCCAGCUAGCUGCUUGUACUCCCAAAGAGAAAGACUUUGUCUAUGGGAACUUGGAAGCUCAGGAGGUGAAGACUGUCUAUACCUUUAAAGUGCCAGUUAGUUACUGUGGCAAAAGAGCUCGACUAGGAGAUGCACUUGGCCACAAGAUGCCAACUUCAGACAAGUCAGUAGAUACCUCAGAACUGGGAAUAAACCUAGAAGAACUACCUAAGACAAAUAUAGUUAAAGCCACACUCCUGUGUGCACUGGAAAAAGAGCUGAAAGGUCAUGAGAUCUCUGAAGCAAGGGGUAUUGAUGGACUCUUUGUGGAUUUUGCAACACAGACAUACAGCUUUCCUCUGGAGCCCUUCUCCUCCAGUGCUGUUCUAACAGAUAUUCUGGAUGAAAAAAGCCCACCUGAACUCCAUGUGGAGCUCUACACAGAGUGUGUAACCAGAAGACACAACAAAAGCAGUUCAGCUUUCACAUUCACUUGCAGUCAUUUCUUCAGGAGGGAUGAGUUCCCGUCCCACUUCAAGAAUGUGCAUGCUGAUAUCCAGUCAUGUCUGGAUGGAUGGUUCCAGCAUCGCUGCCCACUGGCCUACUUGGGAUGUACUUUUGUUCAAAAUCACUUCCGCCCUGAUGGAAUUAAGGCCAAGGUUAUAUACAGCAAGCCUCUCCAGACAUUUGCUAUUAAGCCAGAGGUGGACACCCUCCUUGCCGAAUCAGGGAAAGGCAAUUCCACAGUGGCUAAUCAAGGGAGAAAUAAGGACUUGCUGAGCAGCCUCCCAGUGGAAGUGCUCAAGUACAUUGCGGGGUUCCUGGACAGCUUCAGUUUAUCUCAGCUGUCACAAGUGUCCGCGCUGAUGAGGGACAUCUGUGCCACUCUUCUUCAAGAGAGGGGAAUGGUCCUGUUGGUCUGGGAGAAAAAAAGAUAUUCCCACGGUGGUACUUCGUGGAAAGCUCGCAAAAAGAUCUGGCAGUUCAGCAGCCUGUUCUCCACAGUUCACAAAUGGCAGCACAGUGAGGUGGCAUGCAUGUCAGAGCACCUGAAGAAUUGUCCCUUUUACCAGGUGGAGCGCAAGAUGGACCCUGUGCUGCUGACGGGCAUGUGUGAAUCUCGAGAGGAGACUCGAAAGACUUUGGUUUCUACUUUUAAAAGUAGGGUCUGAACAACCUGCUUCCCCUCUGCCAUGCUCCUUUUGGGGCCUUUGAGAAGAAGAUUUGGGAAUCUGGGUGCAAAGAUUGUUGCUUCCAACUCUCCUUUUUACCUACAAAACUAGCUUCUCUCCAGCUGCAUUUGAAAUAGCCUGCAUAUUUUUUUCCCCCCGCAUUAAUUGCUAAGACUUCAUAUGCUGCUCACUGAUAUCACAUGCUUUCUGUUUAUGUUUCUGUUCCUUGCUUAAUGCAGCAUCCUGAAGAAAGCAAAAAGAAUCUUGUUUGAAAAGAGCAUCUUCACAACCUUGAAGGUAGGCUGCUAUUUCAGUACCUGAAGGGCUGCAGGAAAGCUGGGGAGGGACUUUUUCCAAGGGCCUGUAAUGAGAGGACAAGGGAUAAUGGAUUAAAACUAGAAGAGGGGACAUUUAGAUUAGACAUUAGGAAGAAAUUCUUUAGUGUCACGGUGGUGAGACACUGGCACAGGUUGCCCAGGGACGCCAUGGAUGCCCCCUCCCUGGAAGUGUUCAAGGCCAGGUUGGAUGGGGCUCUGAGCAACCUGGACUAGUGGGAGGUGUCCCUGCCCAUACAGAAGAGUGGAACUAGAUGAUCUUCAAAGUCCCUUCCAACCUAAACCAUGCUGUGAUUCUAUGAUGAUUCUAUGAUUCCUGUACCAUGUCCCCGAGAGAAGCAAGAGCAGUUGAUGUAUGCAGCUUGACUAGGUCUGAAACACCUUACUUUUGUCUGGAAAGCCAUGCUCUAGGAGCACAGGUAUCUGCUCUCCUGCAUGGAAGAUCUAGGGACUCAUAAUCUGUUCUGAAUGGGCAAAAGAAAAGGACUCCCCAAAGUUAAGUAAAUUAAUUAGAAGUCCAGUGAGGACUCAGGAAUUCAUUGUACAACCACAGACCAUAAUUCAGGACUCCGAUUCAGCAAGCGUGCCUAGUUCAGCACAAGCAUAAUGCUGAGCUCAUGGGAGCAUUCAAACCGAACCAAAGCAAACAAACUUGUCCUUUGUUACAAAUAACCAAGCAGCAAACAGUUUUAGGGGCUCAACUGGCUUUGUAUGCUUUUCAGUUUAUAACUUUUUCUUUUUUUUUUUUUUAAUUUAAAAAUCUAUUAAAACCAUCAAAGAAUAUUGGAAGUAAUUUUUAGAAUGCCUUACCUACUCAGUUUUGCAGUUGUAAAUUGCAAAUUGUAGUUGUAAGCAACUGUAAGAAUGUCAAAGAAAUACUAUUCUUUUGUGUAAAAGAAAGGCAGUCAGUAACCCAUUCAGUAACGGUAUGGAUAAUGUUUACUUCAAUUAAGUGAGCUGGAGUAUAAGAUUUUUUUAUUUUUUUACAGAGCAGAAGAGUGAUUAGGAUUUGGUUUAUUUACUUUUUUUUAGCAAAUACACUAAUUUUAAAAAAGAAUGUGUUUGUUGAGGCCAGAAAAGAGAGAAAGCGGGCAUAUUACCAGCUGUAUCUGUCUUAUUACACUAGUUAAAUGCAUUCUAGAGGUGCUAAUUAGAAAUGCCAUAGUUGUGGUGGUGAGUGGGAUUCCUCUGAAAUGGCCAUAAACUGAUUUGACAGCUUGCAGCCACUGCACAGCCCAGCAGUACCCAUUCACACCCCUUUCUUUUUCAAGCUUGUAGUCAGAUGUGCGAUCUCAGGACACGGGGUCUGGCCUUCAUCUCACUGUCUUGGGCAGGAGAGCCUCAGUAGGAGCUGCGACAUCUGCUGGCCUGGACGACUGUUCUCCUCACCUGGUGUGGCCAGGUGAAAACAGGCCUGGGUGGAUGGACACACGCCACACUUGCCAUCGCUGGUCGCAGUGGAGAUGUGGAUGAGGUGGCUCUGCAAGCAGGAUCCCUGACUUACCUAUAAAGGUUGCUGAUGGAACCUGUGCUGAGCACUUGGUAAUCAAAAGCAUGAAUUGCCUGGUGACCAAAAACCAUGCUGAGUGCAGCUCUUCCUUGACUACGUGUGCAGCUUGAGUAGUCCCUAUGAGAUUUUUAAUCAUAAGACGAUGUUUUUUCUUCUCCAGACACACGCCCUCAGGAGCAUAUAUUAUCUGAGUGGGGGUGGGGAGGCAGUGGGUUGGUCCCAGGAGCAGGAGUAGCAGCAGUUACCUUUUUUUUUUUUUUUUCCCCCUUAGUGCCGUUCUGUUUUCUGUCCCUAGAGAUGCUUUCUGGGAAGUCUCGCAAUGCUUUACACAUGAGAAUAAACUUGCAUGUGCAGGUACCCUGUAGAAAACACAAGUAGCAUCCCAGUUUUUAUACCAAGGAAACUGAAGCAAAUGAACACAGGGAACCUAAGCUGGGCCAGGAGCAGUUAAAGCUGAGUGCUCUGAUCCUGCAUCCUGUAGCUUAAGCCACUACGCAAAAACAAACUGGCCAUCCUUUAAAGUUGCUUACAAAAGUCCACCUGUCCUCAAAACUUUCCAUGUAACAUAAGUCACUCAAUAAUAUUGCUUUGUUUUACACAGGGAAGUUGACAGAGAUGAGAACAUAAGAGUCAGGCUUCCUAAACUGGUCUCUACAUCAGAGCCUCACCCUUCACAUACCAUGUACCUGAUUUCGAAAGGUGCUGACCCCCCGCUGUAGCGGCAGACCAUGGUAGUUGCGAAUGCAUGUCCAGAAAUUGGUAUCAGUAUCUAUGCUGGAUACUUAAAAACGGAGCCACUCAAAGUUAUUGAUAAUUUGGGGAGGGGGGAAAAAAAGAUGCAGAGUAAGUCAGUGCUCAAGGCUGAUAUAAGAGACAAUAAAAAGUUCAGCCUGUGAACCAUCUCUCACCUGAUCAGCCACUUAGCUGCUGUAAACUGGUGUAGCUGCUCUGAAAUGGUGCCUUAUAUUAGGGAUUAGUUGAGUUUGUUUUAUCUUUAGUGCUAGUGUCACCAGCACCACUGCUAUUCUGCUUCUGGCCUCCAGGAGUUUGCACUUGUAUCUUCCUGUUCCUGGAGAUCGCAUGACUUCAGCUCCAACCUUAUUACCAUCAAUCCCGCUUCUUCCCUCUGCAGGAGCUGCUGGAGUCAGACUGCAGGGAGGAUGCAACCUUUGUAAAUGUGGGGGUUCAGGGUGUGAGCUGGAGAUAGGAAUUUUGCAACCUCUACCUCUUGGGAUCAGCCAGAGUGUAGAUACAACAUCUAGGAGACUGGGUCAUUUUCCUUCUGGUACUGCUAUGGGGUACACGGGAGAGACACCGGCUGUUAUUUCACAGAGAGGGGAAAAGACAGAUUGGUCACUGUGAAUAUAUAUUUCUGUAAACUGUAAAUUUGGUUAAGUAACCUUCCCAGCUGUGUCCUGAGCUGCAUCAAAAGAAAUGUGGGCAGCAGGUCGAGGGAGUUAAUUCUGCCCCUCUGCUCUCCUCUCGUGAGACCUCACCUGGAGUGCUGUGUCCAGCUCUGGAGUACCCAGCACAAGAAGGACGUGGAGCUCCUGGAGUGUGUCCAGAGGAGGGCCAUGAAGAUGAUCCCAGGGAUAGAGCACCUCAGCUAUGAAGACAGGCUGAGAGAGUUGGGGUUGUUCAGCCUGGAGAAGAGAAAGCUCCAGGCAGACCUCAUAGCAGCCUUCCAGUACCUGAAGGGGCUACAGGAAAGCUGGGGAGGGGCUUUUUACAAGGGCUUGUAGCAACAGGACAAGGGGGAAUGGCUUUAAACUGGAAGAGGGGAGAUUUAGGUUAGACAUUUGGAAGAAAUUCUUUAGUGUGAGGGUGGUGAGACACUGGCACAGGUUGCUUGGGGAGUUGUGGCUGCCUGGAAGUGUUCCUUUUGUGUGCCCUGGAAGUGUUCAAGUCCAGCUUGGAUGGGGCUCUGAGCAACCUGAUCUAGUGGGAGAGCCCAUAGAGGUGAGUUGGAACUAGAUGAUCUUCAAGGUCCCUUCCAAGCCCAACUAUUCUGUGAUUCUAGAAAGAUGAAAAUCCACAGCCAUCCUCGGGUUAGUCUGGUUAGUCCCAGUUAGUCUGGUUAGUCCCGUACUGGGACCAGUGUUGGUUAGUAUCUUCAUUAAUGAUAUUGACAGUGGCAUUGAGAGCACCCUUGGCAAGUUUGCCAAUGACACCAAGCUGGGUGGUGCAGUUGAUGCACCAGAGGCAUGGGAUGCCAUCCAGAGGGACCUGGACAAGCUGAAGAAGUGGGCCCAGGUGAACUCCAUGAGGUUCAGCAAGGCCAAGUGCAGGGUCCUGCACUUGGUCCGGGGCAACCAGGGAUAUGAAUACAGGCUGGGGAAAGACAUGCUAGAGAGCAGAAGCCCUGUGGAAAAAGACCUGGGUGUACUAGUAGAUCAAAAGCUGAACAUGAGCCAUCAAUGUGCAAUUGCAGCCCAGAAAGCCAACUAGAUCCUGGGCUGCAUCAAAAAGAGUGUGGCCAGCAAGGAGAGAGAGGUCAUUCUGCCCCUCUACUCUGCCCUGGUGAGACCCCACAUGGAGUGCUGCCUCCCGCCCUGGAGCCCCCAAUACCUGUUGGAGCAUGUCCAGAGGAGGGCAAUGAAAAUGGUCAGAGGACUGGAGCACCUCUCCUAUGAAGACAGGCUGUAGGAGCUUGGAUUGUUCAGCCUGAAGACAAGAAGACUCCAGGGGACCUUAUAUUGACCUGCCAGUACCUGAAAGAAGCCUCUAAGAAGGCUGGAGAAGACCUGUUCCCUAGGGCAUGUAACGAUAGGACAAGGGGUAAUGGUUUCAAGCUGGAGAAGGGUAAAUUUAGGUUAGACAUUAGGAAAAAGUUCUUUAAUAUGAGGGUGGUGGAUCACUGGAACAGGUUGCCUAAAGAGGUGGUAGAGGCCCCAUCCUUGGAGACAUUCAAGGUCAGGCUUGAUUAGGCUCUGAACAUUCUGUUCUAGUGUGAGAUGUCGCUGUUUAUUGUAGGAGGGUUGGACCAGAUGGCCUUUGAGGUCACUUCCAACCAGAGUCAUUCUAUGAUUCUAUGACUGAUUCUAUGAUUCUAUGAACUUGAACAUGGAAGAGGCAAAGCUGUACAGGGAAGUGGAGCUCCUCCUUAUACCCAUGCAUACCCACCUGGCAAAUGCCAGCUGGUAGUCACUUUGUACUUGAUCUCACAUUUAACACUAGUGGAGAGCUGUGGGCUGGUGUUGGAUGCAGCUUAAUUAACCAGCAGAUGCACACCAAGGCAGCUCAGUGUUGGUGGCCUUCUAAUUAGCAGAGUCAGCAGAAAAUUUGGGGAGCUGCAAGGAAUUGAAUUUGUCUGCCUUAUCUUAGUGAGCACAAAAGGUGAGAGGCUUUGAGUUCAACAAGUCCUUAAGCUCCUAGUUUAAGCUCGUAGCUUGACCAACAGGAAGUUAAAAUUCUUCCUGAAUUUCAGCUUGAGGGAUUUAAUUAGAAGAAACUGAGCAUUUGAUUUUUUCCAAAAUAGCUCUUUUGCUGUGGUGGGAUCUGAACUGGAAAAUGGGAUGCAAAUCCAGCAGAGCAUUGAGAUUGCUCUCAGUUCAGAUCCCACAUUCUGAACCUUCAGAGCUUUGAUCCCAUUCAUGCUACCCACAGCUCUUGUGAAGGGCAAGAGCAAUACCCCACACACUCCAGGCUGGCCUGUGUUGCAGCUUUUCUUCUCAUUGGAAGAACAGGGACUGAAAUGAUGGCAUUGUGGAAAUCAGACAGGUCAGAGUAGGGCAAAAAGGCUUGAGAUAAGAGGAUAGAACUAUGGGAAGCAGGAAAGGUAAUGGGCUUGGAUAGAGGAGACCUGCCUGAUUAUAGGUCUCACUGAGCAGAGGCAAGUGGAGAAAGGUAAAAGGGCACACAAAUGAAGGGAAGUGGGAUGUGGAAGAGCUGAUGCAGCAGCAAAUGAUUUAGGAGGACAUAGUUCGAUUCAACAGACACUAGGAGGACAGGAGUGAUGUUUAGGAGAGCAGAGAUAUAAGGAGAAUGGAGAGUUUAUUGUAUUUUAUUUGAUGUUGACCGACAGAGUAAGAUAUUUGGAGAAGCCAGGUGAACUCAGUGAAAUGCAGACUCUGUUUUGAAUUAUGAUUUAUGCAGUGUACCUCAUUCUAUGGGACAGCCUCUGUUCUGGGUUAGAGUAUUCAGCCAGUGGAUUGUUGACACAUGAGCUGAGGCAUCACCAUAAAACCACCAAAAAGUGACACAUUUAGAUGUUCCUGUAUGCUCAUAAUUUGCUGUCAACAGACUUUCUGGAUAAAUGCUUCACCUUGAGGAAGGGGCUGGACAUUUCCAAUCAGUGUUCUAGAGUAACACGGGAGAGACGGUGUUUCUUAAGGGAUGAAAGGGUAAGUCACCUACUGACACAUAAGUCCAGGUUGCAGGAAAAAAUUCCUUGCCAGGUCUCCAGCUCCUAACACUGAGUGAGCACAAAUAAGAAGAAGUUUAUCUGAAUAAUGCUUAUUAUUUUGCAAAACUCUGUAACUCCUUUUUGCUUUCUUAAAAAUAAAAAUUCUUAUGGUUUAAAAAAUCCAACAAAA